AUGACGGACAACACUAAAACUCACGUUAUUUUGCUGUCAUGUGGAAGUUUUAACCCCAUCACUAAAGGACACAUUCAUAUGUUUGGUAAGCAUUACCUAUGCGUUCUUCUGUAUAUUUUGAAGGGAUGUUUUGUGCUCCAGAUGUUGUGGGUAGAAGAAUGAGAAGGCGUUCAGGAGUCAAGAUUACUAUGGCAAUUAACCUAUAUAUCAGUAUUAUAAUGUCAGAAUUGCGUGAUGUUGGGUAGGCGUUUUGCCAUUUAUGGUAUUCGCUGUCCACGAGAGGGGUGCUGAAAUGGGCGACGGCCUCAGUGACGGAAAUAUGAUUAUGUCAAUUAAGUUAAAGUCUUAUCAUUGAAUUUCACGUGGGGGUCUUUAUUUCGCUGUGUGUUUUUGAACACCACGGAUGUUUAAAAUAAUUACUUGAAUUAACAACAGAACCAUUCCAUCUACAGGUUAUUAUUACUAUAUUAAGCGCACAGUACCAUUUCAGUGUAGUCUACGUAGGUGGAUGCUGCAUAGGCCGACCAGCCCUAAAAACAAUAGCAAAUGGAUUUGAAAAAGUAGGCUAGGCUAUUUUGAGAUAGUAAUGCAGUAUCAGUAUACGGAUGUUGAGCCACUGGACACAGGGAGCAUCUUGAGCAUGUUUGGGCAUUGGUUGCCUGAUAGCAGAUACUGCGUCACUCAUAACUAAUGAGAAAUCGUAUCUCAAAUCAUAAUAGCAUACAAUCAAUCUUUCCGUGCAGCCGAGCAAUAAUGUAAAAUAAUCGGCUAAACACAACAGGGUUUCACCAAUUCAUGGAAAUGCAGCAAAAUGUCAAGAAAACACAUGGCAAAUCUAAAUCUCCUGACUAAAUAUUUUCUAAUUUUUGACAUAAUUGUUGUCCUGCAUAUACUUUCUUUUUCAUGUUCUGUGACUGCAGACUUGCAAUUUGAUUAAUUCAUUUAGGCAAUUGCGUUAUUGUCUUUGCCCUACCUGUUAUCAGUUUUCAACGGACAUUUCAUCAAUGAAAUAUCUGUGGACUAUUUCAUCAUGGUUUUCCUGUUGCUUGAAACAUUAGGCUACUGAUCCAGUACACACAAUUCAGUAAAGGCACAAUGCCACAGUUAGGGAGAUCACAUUUCAACAGCCAGCCAGAUGCAUCAGUAUAUUGACGAAAACAAUCACAGAAGAACUAGUAAAGUACUGUAUUUUAUAAUACAAACCAUUAUCAUAAAAGAGAGUUAAAAUGACUGUCAUCCAAAAUUAGGAAUAUGAGGGUACACCAUAGGCUAGUACCCUGAAAAAUAACUAAAUCCUAAGAGAUAGUCAUUAGAAUAGAUAGAGUGAAAUCAUUAUGCUGCAGCAGUAGUAAGUGAACCUGGAAUAUUAUGAGGCAGAGGGGGAAAGCAUCCAUGUUUCCAUGACCUAUUUUUCAAACCACCUCUCUGCAUGCCUUGGAGUGGCAGUAAAAGAAAAAUGAAAGUACUCUAGUUGCUCAUAGGGAGCAGUUGAAACUCCCCCAGUGAGCCCUUCUGACUCACAAAAGGAUUACAUGAAAGAACAGAAAGAGAAGUAGCAAAUACAUACAUAUAUCAAGGACUAGGACUACUGAAUAUGAAAACUUGUGGAUGGUGUCAAAUCAUACAUUUUAAUAGUGAUUCAAUUUCAUAAAUUUUUCAAGUCAUUGUUGAGAAGAAUUGUGAUUCUCUUGAGAAUGUAAUGGUAGUAGUUCAUUAUUACCUCAUUCAAUAGUUGCAUGUCUUCACUAGAUUCCUUGUUUGUGUCCCAAAUUGCACUCUAUUUCCUAUAUAGUGCACUACUUUGACCAGAACCCUAUGGUCCCUGGUCAAAAGUAGUGCACUAAAUAUGGAAUAGGGUGCCAUUUAGGACGAAGCCUUUAGUAUUUUUUUUUUUUGCCUCAACCCAUCCCAGAUUUCUGACUUUCUUAUUAACACUCAACUCAACCUAGCUUUUGUACUUUUCUCUCUCAAUAAUACAUUCUCUAAUCAUACUGAAAUGACUCUAUCUGUAGUGGCUCUGCUCAAUUUGCACAGGCAGUGUACAGUCGUGGUCAAAAGUUUUGAGAAUGACACAAGUAUUGGUCUUCACAAAGUUUGCUGCUUCAGUGUUAUGAUAUAUUUUUGUCAGAUGUUACUAUGGUAUACUGAAGUAUAAUUACAAGCAUUCCAUAAGUGUCAAAGGCUUUUAUUGACAAUUACAUUAAGUUUUUGCAAAGAGUCAAUAUUUGCAGUGUUGUCCCUUCUUUUUCAAGACCUCUGCAAUCCACCCUGGCAUGCUGUCAAUUAACUUCUGGGCCACAUCCUGACUGAUGGCAGCCCAUUCUUGCAUAAUCAAUGCUUGGAGUUUGUCAGAAUUUGUGGGUUUUUGUUUGUCCACAAGUUCUCAAUGGGAUUAAGGUCUGGGGAGUUUCCUGGCCAUGGACCCAAAAUGUCGAUGUUUUGUUCCCCGAGCCACUUAGGUAUCACUUUUGCCUUAUGGCAAGGUGCUCCAUCAUGCUGGAAAAGGCAUUGGUCGUCACCAAACUGUUCUUGGAUGGUUAGGAGAAGUUGCUCUCGGAGGAUGUGUUGGUACCAUUCUUUAUUCAUGGCUGUGUUCUUGGGCAAAAUUGUGAGUGAGCCCACUCCCUUGGCUGAGAAGCAACCCCACACAUGAAUGGUCUCAGGAUGCUUUACUGUUGGCAUGACACAGGACUGAUGGUAGCGCUCACCUUGUCUUCUCCGGACAAGGUGUUUUCCGGAUGCCCCAAACAAUCGGAAAGGGGAUUCAUCAGAGAAAAUGACUUUAUCCCAGUCCUCAGCAGUCCAAUCCCUGUACCUUUUGCAGAAUAUCAGUCUGUCCCUUAUGUUUUUCCUGGAGAGAAGUGGCUUCUUCGCUGCCCUUCUUGACACCAGGCCAUCCUCCAAAAGUCUUCGCCUCACUGUGCGUGCAGAUGCACUCACACCUGCCUGCUGCCAUUCCUAAGCAAGCUCUGCACUGGUGGUGCCCCGAUCCCGCAGCUGAAUCAACUUUAGGAGACGGUCCUGGCGCUUGCUGGACUUUCUUGGGCGCCCUGAUGCCUUCUUCACAACAAUUGAACCUCUCUCCUUGAUGUUCUUGAUGAUCGGAUAAAUGGUUGAUUUAGGUGCAAUCUUACUAGCAGCAAUAUACAUGCCUGUGAAGCCCUUUUUGUGCAAAGCAAUGAUGAUGUCACGUGUUUCCUUGCAGGUAACGAUGGUUAACAGAGGAAGAACAAUGAUUUCAAGCACCACCCUCCUUUUAAAGCUUCCAGUCUGUUAUUCUAACUCAAUCAGCAUGACAGAGUGAUCUCCAGCCUUGUCCUCGUCAACACUCUCACCUGUGUUAACGAGAGAAUCACUGACAUGAUGGCAGCUGGUCCUUUGUGGCAGGGCUGAAAUGCAGUGGAAAUUAAGUUCAUUUUCAUGGCAAAGAGGGACUUUGCAAUUAAUUGCAAUUCAUCUAAUCACUCUUCAUGACAUUUUGGACUAUAUGCAAAUUGCCAUCAUUAAAACUGAGGCAGCAGACUUUGUGAAAAUUAGUAUUUGUGUCAUUCUCAAAACUUUUGACCACGACUGUAUAUCACAGACUUUGAGCUGGUGACUUGCAACACAUAGUCUACAGUAAGUUUCCACAGACAGGCUUGCUUGAAGAGGACUCAUAUAAUCAGUUUCUCUAUUGGUGGCAUGCAGGCGGUAACGUUACUCCACAAUAACAGAGUGAAUAGAUACAAAUAUGAAUUCUUGCCCUGUGGUCGAAACAAAAAGUCCUCAUCAAUCAACUUCCAAUUGAAAACAGCUGUUAUUAUAGACCUAAUUUGUAGCCUAAACUAAAGCAUGGCUUCUGGAAUUCUUUGAUUUGUCUUCCUGGAGAUAAACUGUAAGAAUGAAUUUGCAUGGAUACUGGCAAGCCAGGGUUAAUUCAUUUUUGGGUUACCUUAAGCAAAAGAUUCAGCAAUACAUCAGAUUGAUUCACAACAGUGCCCUGUGGAAAACCAUUUAUUCAUUUUUGAAUGACAACACAGUUAAAUACCGUUUAUGACAAGAAGAAAUUCAGUUACCAAACUUCUCAUGACAGAAUUAUAAACAUUUUGCUGAUGGCAGACAAUAAGACAUAGGUUACCUGAUUAAAACUGUAAUAUUGUGCACACUAUGAACUAUGAUAAGUAUGUUGACAGUUAUGUACUGUAUCUGCUUUUACAGAAAAAGCCAGAGAAUACCUGCACAAAACAGGGAAGUUCAUUGUGAUUGGGGGUAUCAUUUCACCUGUACAUGACUCCUAUGGCAAACCGGUAAGAACUUCUUUAACAGUAUAUUCACAGACUGCUUCGUUUGGUAUCUAUGAAGUUUGAGUAACUAACAAAUAAUCACCUAAUCUUAUCUGACUGACAUGAGUAAGUGUUGCAUUCGGAUUACAUAAGCCACCUCUAAUACUAUCGUCAUCUAUUCUCCCGAGCCGUUUCUGGAAUGAAUGAAAAGCUUGUCCCAGUUUCUCUCUCUAUAAGAAACAGAAAACAUGAAUAAUAAAUGUAAGAUAAAUGACGUUUCAGUCAGAUCAUGAAUCUUAUGUGCAUUUUUUAAAUAAUUGUGUCUCUCGCACGAUAAAGACAUAGAUCGAAUGAGGAUUGGAUUAGUAUGUUAUAAUUUUUGUGGUUGCAUAAAUGAUUGACAUUAGCCACAGAAUGUCAUCAGUAAUUUCCAACAAACCUACAGUACAUUCCUCACAAAUAAAACAUGUCAAACCAUUUGAUUACCAUGCAGAGACAUACAAUAAAGAGAAUAAACACAAUAUGCGUUGUAAAUGGCACUCUAUUCCCGACGUAGUGCACUACUUUUGACCAGAUAUAGUGCGCUAUAUAGGGAAUAGGGUGCACACAAUGUGACACACACAAUGCACACAAUGACUGGUUGAAAGCUUUAUCGAUCCCACCGUGUGUUCACAGGGCCUCGUCCCCAGCAGACAUCGUCUCAUCAUGUGUCAACUGGCAGUCCAGUCCUCUGACUGGAUCAGGUGAGUCAGUGGCUAUCCGUCCAGAACAACAAGGUGUGUCCCAAAUGGCACCCUAUUCCCUACAUUCUGCACUGCUUUUGUUGUGCACUAUAUAGGGAAUAGGGUGCCAUUUGGGACACAGACCUGGUGAAAAUAGGUAUCAUUAUCAGUAAACAGGAUGACAUCACUUCCUCUAUUAGUCCUUUGAGACAGGAUGUUUUUCUGGCAAUGUUACUAUCAAGACACAAUGUGUGAGGUAUUUAGCAGAUGUGUAUUAUCAUCAGUUCUAUUACCCUACAAAUGAAAAGGAUAGAGAUCAGGGCACGUAUUCAUAAAGCGUGAGUAGGAGUGCUGAUCUAGGAUCAGUUUUGCCUUUUAGAUUAUGAUGAAUCUACAGGAGGGACCUGAUCCUAGAUCAGUACUCCUACUCUGAGACGCUUUAUGAAUACGGGCCUAGAAGUACACAGCUGUUUAUCUAUCAUGUGUUAUUUUCCUGCAGAGUGGAUCCCUGGGAGUGCUACCAGGACACAUGGCAGACUACAUGCAGCGUGCUGGAGCAUCAUCGUGACCUCAUGAAGGUAAGCCAGGCCAACUCAUGGAAUAAGGACCAGUUACUCAAAUCACACUUUAUUGCCAUAUAUAUAUUUUUUAAAUCAGGGGCACCCUCAGCACCCCUACUUCCCACGGCUAUAUGUAUUGCAUGAGCUGUACAUUUGGCAAUGAAGGAUAAUAUCAAGAUAAAAUUGUGGUAGUUCAGAGAGAAGAGAGUUCAAGGUAGCCUACAUUGGAUGCAACAUAAUUAGCUACUGGAACUUAUUCAUAGAUGAUACAUUCCUGCACGGCCCACUGGCUAGUUGAAGUGUGUGGUGGAAAUAUUUAUAAAGACUGAGAGCAAUUUGAACUGUUUUUAGAAAUAGCCUGUACCAUUAAAGUAUGCUGCGAUUGUUUCCAUGGCAACAAAACAUUACAUAUUUAGAACACUACAGUAUAUCAAACCACUGCUGUAAUAUGUGACAAAUCCAAUCCUUCCAUCAGAAUGUGAGCAAUCUAUUUGUGCUGCUGACCUAAGCUGGAUCAAAUGCCAUUUUUUGGAACUGAAGGUGUCAAUCAUUGUAUUUUCCUGUCCACAGAGAGUCACAGGGUGCAUUCUGUCCAAUGUGAACACACCGUCCACAACUCCAGUAAUCGGCCAACCACAGAAUGAGACUCAGACUGGCAUCUAUCAAAACCACAACACAAUGAACAACAAGCCCAUUGCCAGUGAGGGAUUAUGUACAUACAUACUACACAAAUGUCUUUCAGAUAUAAUUUAUGCCAUUUUCAUUAGGUUGACAAUAAAGGUCUGGUACUUAGAAUCUUAAAUAUAAUUUAUGAUUGAUAAAAAAGAGGGAAGGUUGUUGUAAUGUACCAAGAAAUGGAUUGUCUGCUUUCUAUAACUUUUUCAAUGGAUAUAAUUUGCUACUAGAAAAUGUCUGAUGUUUGCUUCCUUAUACCUAAACAGUUAAGCUGUGGGGGAAGAUGAGUGAGAGCUUGGGCAAAAUUUGCUGUGUUCGCCCAAACAUUGACCGUUUUACCUUUGUGGGUAAGUAGUAUGCUACACAAGCAGCUUCCUGAAAAACAUACAGUACAUUUGUAAUUGUAUGGUAAAUUCACAAUGAUUGAUUAAUAACCUUUUCUUUGAUAUUUUUUCUUUGAUUUCAAAAGAUGAAAAUGCCAACCUUGGCACUGCAAUGCGAUAUGAGGAAAUUGGUGAGUUAACACUCUUUUGUAUGUCUCCAUAAGAUUGAUGUAUUACCAAUAUUGCAUACAGUCUGUAUAUUGUCAGAAUACAAAAGCUUUUAGCUUAGGUCAUUAUAUUUUCCCUCAACAAACCAUAGUAACUUUCUUCAUUAUCGAAUAAUUGAACAGGAAGUUAUCUUAUCCAUGUACUCUUUGUUUAUUGGGUGUCUAAUUUCUGUCUUCCUGUCUAUUGUCCAGAGUUGCGCAUCUUGCUUCUGUGUGGCAGUGAUCUUCUGGAGUCAUUCUGCAUCCCUGGCUUAUGGAAAGACAGUGAUGUAAGUAGGCCCUCUUGCUCUUUCUCUUCUAUGUCUUAUUAAGUCUGUUGUAAGACUGUCAUUCCCACAGAAAAUAAUAACACUUUUAGUUUUUUUUCUAGUUCUUUUCAUACUUUGCAUAGUAUACAUACUAGCUCUAAUGGCUUGCACUGAAGUUCUAAGCAGACAUAGUACAGCCUGUAAAGAGGCCAAAGGUGACACUGCAAGACUAAUAGUUUUGAAUAAUGUUGACAUUUUAAUAUAUCCAGUCUCCACUUAGAGGCAUGAAUACAAAUUAUUUAAUACCCUAAUGAGCAUAAUGUUGCAUCCAAGAUACUUUACCAUAACUAUUAGUGACCCAUUUAAUCAGCAUUGUAAGGCAAUACUGAAAUGUGUCAUACAAAUGGUUUGCAGAUGGAGGUGAUUGUGGGAGACUUUGGGAUUGUUGUUGUGCCUCGGGAUGGAGUUGAUACAGAGAGGAUAAUGAACCAUUCCUCUGUGCUGCGCAAGAACAAGGUAAUAUCUACAUUAUGAGCUUAUAUGAGUCAUAGUUAAAAGUGGAAACCCAAUAAGCUUGAUAAUGUAAUCUGUUAAAAGCUUAUUAUGUUCAUGUCUUUACAUGGAACCAACUCUGUACCAUAGAAAAUGAUAAAUGUCAAUUUAUUCAUUCUAUAACAUGUAAAACUUUCUCUCUGUGUUUUUUCUUCAGGACAACAUCACAGUAGUAAAACAUGAUGCCAACCACCCUAUGUCCAUUGUCAGCUCAACCAAGAGCAGGUAAAUGUGAAUUAUAAUUUAUCAACCAUCCUAUUUUGGGCCUCCAUUAGGCCUAUUUAAUAAAUAAUAAUAAAUAAUUAUGGAAUCUACUGUCUUUUAUUCACUGUGGACUCUGGUAAAGUUAGGUUAUUUAAAAAAAAGGGAAAAUCCACUCAUAAACAUUUUUUUUCAUUUUUCAUUAGUUUUUCAUAGUUGAUACAGUUCCAAAAUGUGUCAUCGGACACAUCAUCUUGAUGAUGCAAAAUGCAUUUCGUAUCAUCAUGAUGAUGUGGCCGGUGACACUUUGCUUCUUGAAAGACCAAUAUCUUGAACACUUGACUGCUGACAAUCAAAACAUUUUGGGACUGUAUCAACAGUGGACUAAUGAAAAAAAUACCAAAAGAUAGUUGUUGAGUGGAUAUUCCCUUUAAUGUACCACUUCAGUAGCUGUUUAGGCUCUUAGGUAUAAAACAUUUGGUAAACAUUAGGGGGCUGUUUCCCGGAUACAGAUUAAGCCUAGUGCUCGACUAAAAAGCUUUUUCAAUGGAUAUUCUCCAUUGAGCUUGCUUUUUAAUCCAGGACUAGGCUUAGUCUGUGCCCGGGAAACCGCCUCUAGAAGUUGAACAAAGCUGUUCCCAUAUCACAUUCUAAUUCUAUGUCCCUUCCAUCAGACUGGCCCUGCAGCACGGGGACGGCCAUGUGGUGGACUACCUGAACCAGACAGUCAUCGACUACAUCCUGCAGAGUCAGCUCUACAUCAAUGCUUCUGGAUAG